UGAUACGUAAGAGGUCUAAAUAUGACGAGAGACACACCAUGCAGUAGUGCUCACACCUCAACACUUAUAUUCAAGUCUGGAUGAAUGACUAGAGGAAACAUAGAAGCACCACUUCUGUCUUACUUUAUAGAACAGCUUACGGCAUUUAAAAAUUACUUCUUAACAGGCAGGAAAUUUGAAGACACAGUGUUUGUAACAAUUAGGUGGACUUAGGGAAAUCCAUUGAACAUAUGUAUGUAGGAAGUUGAUUGUAUCGAUUUUAUCUGAUUUAUAAAACAAAUCAGAUAAAAAAGGUUACAGAUGUCCUUAUAGACGAAAAAAAGGCAAAACGGAAGAAAACUUUGAAAUGGAAACAACGCUUUACAUCAAUAGCAGCACCAAUGAGACAACGAGUGUUCCGAAUUGGCCAUCACCAGCACCGGCUUCACUUUUACUUGUCUUCGGAGUGGUGGGAAAUAUUCUAGCACUGGUCAUUCUCUUCUGUUCGGCAAGAUCGCACAAAUGGCGCCCCUUUUACCGCUUUGUUUGUGGGCUUGCCAUCACAGACGGGGGUGGGGUGUUCCUGUCCUACCCCCUGGUGAUGGUCCGUUACGCUUCACAGUUCCAGUAUGAUUAUCCUCAGCCCAUGUGUGACUACAUGGCGUUCAUCUUGAUGUUUACGAUCCUGGCCUCGGCUUUGAUUGUCUGUGCUAUGUCAUUAGAUCGUUUUCUAGCGAUCCUUUAUCCACAUUUUUAUAACAAGCCAACAAAAAAUCGGAGAGCCAUCUUAAUGAUAGCAGGAAUUUGGAUUUUUUCGGCAGUGAUGUCUAGCCUCCAUUUAAUGGCAGGACAUAAAAGUUUGAGCUUUUUCCCAGGCUCCUGGUGCUUCUUGGAUUUUGUUCAUAGUGAGACCAGAGCGUUUGCUUUCCUUUAUUCAGUAACGGGGAUCCUGGUUCUUGGCACCACUGCAGCGCUCAAUAUAACUGUUAUUUUCAAUGUGUGCCGCAACAUCCAACAAAAGAAGAAGAAACCUAAGAAGAAAGACAUAUACAUCAUCGCUUUCCUUCUUUUGAUUGUUAUCCUGUUCAGUUCAUGCAUUACCCCGCUCUUGAUUAACAUAUUUGGUCAUGCAAUUGGAACCCUAUCUGGAAAUGGCCAGUUUGAGUUGGUGGCUCUACGAAUUUCUGUGACCAACUCUAUAGUUGAUCCCUGGAUCUACAUAGUUUUCCGAAAGGAUACAUUUGAUUUUUUUCAACGCAAGGUCAUGAAUAGGAUUUUUGCUUCUCAGUUAUCAACUGCCCCAUCUUCUACACACGAUUCUGAAGUAUCGCGAGAACCAUCGGUAUCUGUGUCCAUGUCGUACGCUACAAGAUAGUGUGUAUCAUUAAUAUACUGGAAACACUAAAAGUAGUAUGUUUCACUUCGCAGGCUUUAUAGGAUAUCAUAACUAACAUAGAUAGUUUAAUAGAUCAAGCCCCGUCGUCACCAACUUUCUUCAAGUUAAUACUCAGCCUCAAGUCUGAGUUUUGACCUCAAAUUUAUGUAUUUUUCUUGUAAGGAUUUAAGUUGAGGACUGAGUUGAGUGAUUUGGAAAAAAAAUGGUGAUGGCGGAGCAUGGCCCUAGGAUCAUGUAUCAGUUAUAGACUAAAAUCAAAACUUGUACACUGUCAAAUUGUUUUGUGAUUGUAAACUUUGUAAACAUGAAAUUCUAUAAUGAUUAUGAUGUGUAUUUAUAUCACGUUCAUAGUUAGAAAUUUCGAGCAUAAUUUUAUGAUCAAUGUUUCUGUUAUAAAAAAUGGACUUUUGGACUUAAACCUAAAAUGCUUCAUGAACCUGAGGCCAGUUGUGUUUUAUAUACAAGGCAAAAAUCAACUUGUUAAUUUUUCCAAAGAAGGAGUAUAAGAUUACUACAGUAUCAAGUGUUACUAUGUAAACGAUAUAACUGAUCCCGUUUAUUAAGAUAUUGUUGAUUUACCUUAUAAAUGUCUUGUUCUUUUUCUACCGCCUUACAGUCUUACGGCCUUAACAUCAUACAUGUAUGCAUACAAUUCAAGGAGUAAAUGAUAUUGUCUGUUUGUUAAAUACUAUUUUAUUUAUUUGUGUAUCCUAUUAUCAUCAUUUCUCUUUCAAUUAAACAAAAAAUUGAGCAAUUUAUAAGUUGGUUUUACGUCUUUAUGUACGCUGAUAACGGCGGCAGACCACAGGGUGGAUCUGUCAAGCACACCCUGUAUAUGGGAGUAUAGCACUUAAAACAUAAUCAAAGUAAUGAGAAUACUGAAAAGUGAUAAGCCAAAGAUUGAUGGGAAUACUGAGUAUUUGCAUUCAACAUCUCAUGACAAGAUAUUGCUUAGUUCGUGUGUGCAAGCACUUGCCUGACAAAAUUCACCGAGUUAUUUCAUGGCCAGUGAAUAGUUUCCUUUUUCUAUAUUAUUAUUCAUUAUUUCCUUAAAAUAAUAACCAAUUGCAUAAUCAAUCAAAAGUUACAAAUAGAAAUAGAUAAUGCAUUCGAAAAAUUUAUAUAACAUUGUCUGUAUUAAAUUCUAAUAUAUUUCAAAACAAUAAUCACAUAUGUAUACCUAAAAACACUCAAAAUGUUGAGUUUUUCCUACACAUUGAGCAAUUCUUCAUAGAGAUGUUGAAUGUGAUUUUAACAAAGCAGAUUGAAUUCAAUAAAUUCAUCAAUGAAUUCAAUAGGUUCAUGAGUCUUAAUUGUUUAAUUGUUACGCACCAGU